AUGAAACGUUUAUAUGCCCUCCAUGUGAGAGAGUUUGUGAUACUAUGUGUCUCUAUUUUCAUCUUCAUGGUAACGAUACAUGAAGGAACUGCUUUUCGUAACAGGAAGACCGCACACCUAAAGACAAUCACUUUAAAACGGAGAACCGACAAGUGGGCCGGAGCUUCACACGGAGAUGGUGACCCGCAAGUCAAAAGAGCCAUAGACAAUGAAAAUGUCAGACCCAUGAAAGAUACAAAUGGCUAUUCCAUUACGAAAGUUUUAAAUCACAAAAGGAAUCUAAUUGCUUCCUUGCACACUGGUGAAACAAAGCCAAGAAGAUCCAAUGGUAAGGUGCAUAUAAUCAAGGAAUUACAUUUUUAAUCACAUGUGACCAACAUAUUCAUAUUACACGUAAACCGAUCGAGGUCACACAAAGACGAUUAUAUUCGUUUCUAAUUUAAAAAAAUUGUUUUAUGCUACUCACGGGGCCAGUCUGUGUAUGUUUCACCUGAUACACUAUUGUCGACAUGAACAAUCCGACUAAUCGACGCCAUAUUAUUGUGUCAGAACCAGAAAAUUCGCAUUUAUAAGGCCGAUAAGGUAAAAUUCAGACCGCUAUAGCCAAUCUAAGGUAUACCGUCUGUACUGCAAUUUAUAAAAAUUCUUGGUGUCGCAGUAUUUUUAUGUUUAGGGCGAAGGUACAUGAUGCUGCUUCUGUCCAACUGGGUGAGUAACGUUAAGGACACCUGUCAAAAAGACCGGAGGCUGAUGGGCUAUCCUCGAUUGGAUAAAAAGCAAUACCCUAGCUCAUCUCAGGCAAUAGGAACCAAAAGUAAUCACAACUAAUUUUUGUUUUGUUUUGUUUUUUUUCUCUACUAACAGAUUUCACUUGGAAAAGAACUAACCUACCAUCAGCGAGAAAGCCCUAUUGGGGACAUUUCCUAGGCCUACAUCCUUGGUACGACCCAAACUUGUAUAAAAAACAGAUUUCUAACAAUGAACCAGUGGUAGACGAUGAGCCUUUCAUUGUUUUGCCACCUGAUAACACAAUAAACACUAAAGAUGAGGCUUUCAAACUGGACGAGGAAGCCGAAACUGCGGCACCAACGGCAAAGAAGAUACCUACCACGACACCUACAACGCCUACGACACCAACAACGCCUACUACACCCACAACAACACCCACGACGCUCACGACACCGUUAACAACUCCAACUACCCUACCCCCGAUAACAACCCCUCUGCCAACAACCCCACCAACCACUCCUCCGACACCGCAGCCCGCGCCGCCAACCCCACGACCUAUCCCACCGCCGCCUGCACGGCCACAAAUCAUAGACAUCCAGUCUGAAAACCCUUUACUUAAAAGAGGGACACCACCAGUUCCUGCCAACAUCAAUCUAAAUCUUGAGAUUGGGGAUAACGGCGAAACGGCUGAGGCUGAACAACAUGAAAAUGUACCGAUGUCACCAACACCACGCGUGAUUUAUGCUCAAACCUUGCCCGCUCCCGCAGAAUCUACCCCACAGCCUUCUCCCCAAAUAAUCAUUGCACAAAUGCCUGCCGCCUCGGAAGCGUCACCAGCCGGUCAACAACCUCAAAUAGUAAUGGCACAACCUGCUCAAGCACAAUCUCAACCCCAGUAUGCCCUUGCACCUGCUCCUUCACCGCCGCCACAACCACAAUACAUUAUUGCUCCUCCACCCCCAGCGCCAGCUCCCCCACAAUACAUAAUUGCAUCUCCACCAGAGCCCCAACCGGCUCCAGCUCCAGCUCCCGUAAUUGUUCCUGCACCACCACCGGCUCCUAUAAUGUAUCAACAACCAAUGGUGCAAUCACCUCCAGCCCCCGUUUACGCCCCUGCAGUGUAUUUGGCUGAAGCUUCGCCACCCAGAACCGUUAUUGCCACGCCUUCGUCACAAAAUUUUGCUGCUCCACCUGGACAAGUGACUAUAGCCGCAUCACCGCCGGCAGCAAUAACGGUGUCCUCGUCAGCACCUGCGGCACCAAUGGGAGGACUAAAUAACAUGUUAAUGUCCAACCCUGUUAUGGGACUACCUUCGUUAAAUCCAGUUUCUCCUCUUCUCUUAAACAAUAGGCUUAUGACACAGGGAGGGUCUUUAUAUCCCGGAGGCAUGGGCAGUUUGCAGUCACCAUUAAUGCAAUCUUUAGGCUUACCUUUGCCUUCGUAUGCUUCCCCACUCAACCAACAAUUACAAUACCCUUCAUCACUCAUGUAUCCCUCCCCUCUUUCGCUACCUGGUAUCCAACAGUUCCCUAAUGUCCUGUCCUCUAUUGGCCAAACAGGCUAUGAUCCCCUUCUGUAUAAUGGAUUAAUCGGAAUGUUUGCCAAUGCCAUUCGCUCUUCCAUGACCCAGUCUCAGCCGAAUGCCCUUGCAUCUGCCUUGGCUCUCGCUGCAACUCAAGCUCAGGCGCGAAACCAGCCGCCAGACCUUUUAACAGCUGCUCUUGUACAAGCCUUGGCACAAAACAUGCAGCAAGGUAUUCAACCAAUCAGUAAUGAUAGAUUAGUACAAGCGUUGUCGCAAGCACUGUCACGGGCUCAACCUAGCGGGCAGAUCCCCAACCCUGCUCCUGCCCCUGCACCUCCCGCCUCUUCGUUACCACCGCCACCAAACCCACCACAACGUUCCGGUCCUCCAGUGCCGCUAUAUCAAGUGGUUCCCACUGUGACGAGACAAGACGCUCCCCCUCGGGCUUCAAGGUCCAACGCAAGUAGAAAUGAGUAUUCUGUGAAUACAGUUGGAAAGGCUUUAGCUAAUGCCCUGAUAAAGGCGGCAAGAAAAGUUGCCAGUCAAAACACACUUCCUGGUAAAAGACAACAUAAAGGGUCUCGCCACAGACAUCACAAAGCCGAUAGCGAUGGUCGGUAUGAUGAUAACGAGCAUUAUAAUGUUCGUUCAUUUGUUCCUCUUUUAUAUGCACACUCUCCCGACUAUAAGUACGAAAAACUACAUGGUGUGAUCAAUCAAUGGGAAGGAAAGGACAUGAUAAAAUAUUACGCAAUGUUUCGCACAUUCUGGAGGCGUGUUGUUCACCCUUGUUACUCUAGAGCCUGUUUCAUUUGCCAGAGAUGUCCUGAAUAG